CUGUGCCCGGGCCCCAGCAUCCCUGCAGAUGGAGCGGCCAAGGCACCAGGGGAUGGCAAAGAACACCUACAUGCGCUGGCGGCUGCCACUCAUCUGCCUCCUCUGGGAGGUAGCGAUGAUCAUCCUCUUUGGGGUCUUUGUGCACUUCGGCCCUGAAGCUGAUGCACACUGGGAGGAAGAGAAGCAUCAGAUGAACCUUACCAGUGACAUUGAGAAUGAUUUCUACUUCCGAUACCCCUCUUUCCAGGACGUUCACGUGAUGAUCUUUGUGGGCUUCGGCUUCCUCAUGACAUUCCUCAAGCGUUAUGGAUUCGGAGCUGUGGGAUUCAAUUUCCUCCUUGCUGCUUUUGGGAUCCAGUGGGCCCUCCUGAUGCAAGGCUGGUUCCACUCUUUCCAGAAUGGGAAGAUCCUUAUUGGAGUGGAAAACCUGAUCAAUGCUGAUUUCUGCGUGGGUUCUGUGUGUGUUGCCUUUGGAGCCAUCCUGGGCAAAACCAGCCCAGUACAGCUUCUCAUCAUGACUUUGUUUCAAGUCACACUCUUUGCAGUGAAUGAGUACAUCCUCCUCGAGCUGCUUCACGUUAAGGACGCGGGUGGCUCCAUGACCAUUCACACCUUUGGAGCCUACUUUGGCCUCACUGUGACACGUUUCCUAUACAGACCCAACCUGGAGCAGAGUAAAGACAAGGAAGGCUCUGUGUACCACUCUGACCUCUUUGCUAUGAUUGGUACCCUAUACCUGUGGAUGUACUGGCCCAGUUUCAACUCAGCCAUUUCUGAACAUGGGGAUGCCCAGCAUCGGGCUGCCAUUAACACAUACUGUUCCCUGGCUGCUUGUGUCCUCACCACAAUGGCCUUCUCCAGCAUGCUGCAGAAGAAAGGCAAGCUUGACAUGGUCCACAUCCAGAAUGCAACGCUGGCUGGUGGAGUGGCUGUGGGCACCAGCGCGGAGAUGAUGUUGACCCCAUAUGGCUCCCUCAUUGUUGGGUUCAUCUGUGGCAUUGUGUCCACAGUGGGGUUUGUCUACCUCACGCCUAUUUUGGAGUCCAAGUUGCACAUCCAGGACACAUGUGGCAUCCACAACCUCCAUGGCAUGCCAGGCCUUAUAGGGGGCAUUGUGGGAGCCAUCACUGCAGCUGCAGCCACAGAGGAUGUAUAUGGAAAGGAAGGGUUUAUCAAGGCAUUUGACUUCACUGGCAGCUACAAGACGCGGACGCCCAGCAUUCAAGGAGGGUUCCAGGCAGCCGGCAUUGUCGUUUCUCUGCUGAUGGCUUUCGCUGGGGGAACCCUUGUGGGAGCCAUCCUGAAGCUGCCCAUCUGGGGCGACGCGGCCGACGAGAACUGCUUCGAGGAUGACAUCUACUGGGAGGUGCCCGAGGACGAGGAGAGCGACGUGUACCACAUGCACAACCCCGACAAGGCCGCCUCGCCCUGAGCCGCCAUGCUGCCGGGCUGCCGC